AUGGAGAAGGGUCCUGUGCCCAGCACCAUUCUAAUUCUUUAUAAGCUCCUUGAGGUGGAGAGUGCGAGCCGGUCCGCAGCGUCCGGGACUGGUGCGGAUGGGUCUAUCCGCGAAACCGCACUGCGGAUAAGCAUUUCCACGGAUAACUUAUCCGCGGAUGAAAUUCCCACGGAUACCGCAGUUCCUGCGUAUCCGCAAAAAACAGCCGGAAAUUUGCGGGACUAA